AUGAUCUCCUUCAACCUAUUUCUACAACUACUUCUAUCAACAAUCCUGUUUUCUUUCGCCGCCGCCGCCGAUAUCCGACCAGGUCAAUCUCUCUCCGCCGCAAACCCCAACGAAAAAUGGAACUCACCCAAUCAGACCUUCUCUCUCGGCUUCAUCUCCGAAACCCCCGACGCUCACUUCGCUGCCAUCACCUACAACAACAUAUCAGUCUGGAAAGCCGGAGGAGAUGCCGGCGUAGCCGACUCCACCGCCUCCCUCACCUUCCUCCCCGACGGUAAUCUCCGUCUCGUCAACGGCUCAUCCGGCUCCGUCGUCUGGCAGUCCAAUACAGCCGGUCGUGGCGUCACAGUAGCUGCACUUGAUGAUUCAGGUAACUUCGUCCUCCGAAACGGAUCCGUUUCUGUAUGGAGUACAUUCGAUAAUCCCUCAGACACCAUACUUCCUGGCCAGAAUUUCACAGUGAAUAAUGUUUUGCGUUCUGGGCUGUACUCCUUUCGAUUGGUUAAUUCUGGGAAUUUAACUCUUAGAUGGAACGAUUCCAUUGUCUACUGGACUUUAGGGUUGAAUUCCUCCAUCAACACUAACCUAACUUCACCAAGUUUAGGGCUCCAACCAAUCGGGAUUCUAUCUCUUUCAGAUCCCAUGCUUUCCACUUCCGUAAUCAUGGCUUACAGUAGCGAUUAUGCUGAAGGCCCUGAUAUAUUCAGGUUCACCAAAUUAGACAACGAUGGUAAUCUGAGAAUUUACAGUUCCUCAUUGGGUAAUGCCGGCAAUCAAUUCAUGAGAUGGGCUGCUGUAAGCGAUCAAUGUCAGGUAUUCGGGUACUGUGGCAAUCUGGGUAUUUGUAGUUACAACGGUUCAAAUCCUGUAUGCGGCUGUCCAUCACAGAAUUUCGACCCGAUUGAUCCCACCGACGGUCGGAAAGGGUGCCGGAGGAAGGUCGAAAUCGCAAACUGCCCAGGUAGCGCAACAAUGUUAGAGCUCGAUAACGCUAAAUUCUUGACAUACCCACCGGAGUUAUCAUCUCAGGUAUUCUUUAUCGGUAUUUCCGCUUGCCGAUUAAAUUGUCUCGUUAGUGGUUCCUGCAUCGCAUCCACCUCCUUGUCAGAUGGCACAGGGUUGUGUUACUUAAAAGUCCCAAGCUUUGUGAGUGCGUAUCAGUCGCCGGCGCUACCAAGCACCUCCUAUCUCAAAGUCUGUGGGCCCGUAACACCAAACCCAUCUCCCACUUCAGAGAACGGAAAACGAUGGAAGCUCCGUCCAUGGAUAGUAAUUGUGGUGGUUAUCGGCACGUUAUUAGGAUUAAUCCUCGCGGAACUCGGUUUAUGGUUCUGGUGUUGUAAAAACAGCCCAAAACUAGGGGUGUUAUCAGCCCAAUAUGCACUUCUGGAGUAUGCAUCCGGUGCACCGGUCCAGUUCUCAUACAAAGACCUCCAACGGGCCACAAAAGGGUUCAAGGAGAAGCUCGGGUCGGGCGGGUUCGGUGCGGUUUACCGUGGGGUCCUCGCGAACCGGACCGUGGUUGCGAUCGUGUCCGGGAGGCGUAAUUUUGAGGUUUCGGAUCGGACCAACCGGAAAAAGUUUUCGGUGUGGGCUUACGAGGAGUUUGAAAAGGGAAACAUGGAUUCGGUUAUUGACCCGAAGAUUUUGACCCAUGAAUUCGAUAUGGAUCAAAUUCGGCGGGUGAUUGAAGUGAGUUUUUGGUGUAUUCAAGAACAACCAUCACAAAGACCGAUGAUGGGGAAAGUGGUUCAGAUGUUGGAAGGGGUGACCGAGAUUGAGAAACCACCUGCCCCGAAGGUCGGGUCAGCCAUAGAUGGGUCGGUUGCUGGGACUAGCACGUAUAUGAGUAGCAGUGUCUCGACCUUAGCACCAUCGGUGCAGCCACCCUCAUCGUCUUCUUCUCUUCAGACUCCAAAGGGGUCGUCGUUUGCUUCAGGGAUGAAUAUUGAGAGGGCAUCAUCGUCAUUGUUGCAAUCGGUCACUCUGUGA